AUGGGGACAGUGACAGUAACAGCAGAGGACGGUGGCAUUAAGGGAGCAAGGGACAGUGACACAGUGACAUCAGUGGGGACAGUGGCAUUAAGGGACAUGGGGACCAUGGCACUAAGGGACAUGGAGGCAGUGACAUUGGAGUUAAAACCGAGAUUAAAUCCAUGUUCCGUGCUGUGCCCCCAGAUCCGCUACAAGGAGGAGUUUGAGAAGAACAAGGGCAAAGGUUUCAGCGUGGUGGCCGACACCCCUGAGCUGCAGAGGAUCAGGAAGACUCAGGAUCAGAUCAGCAACAUCAAAUACCACGAGGAGUUCGAGAGGAGCCGGAUGGGCCCCAGCCCCAGCGAGGGCUCGGAGCCCGAGCGCCGCAAUUCCCAGGAGAGCAGCGGCUACCGGAGAGCAGAGCCCCAGCCCCAGCAACAGCUGGGCCAGCCCGGGGCCACAGUUUUCCAGCCGCCGCCUCCAUCCCAAUCCUUCUCUUACCCGGACCCGGCCGCUCCGGCCUCGGCCCAGCGCAGCGCCCCGCCGGGGGGAGGGAAGCGUUUCCGCGCUGUCUAUGAUUACAACGCGGCGGACGAGGACGAGGUGUCGUUCCAGGACGGGGACACCAUCAUCAACGUGCAGCAGAUCGAUGACGGCUGGAUGUACGGCACGGUGGAGCGCACGGGGGACACGGGCAUGCUCCCGGCCAACUACGUGGAGGCCAUCUGAGCCCGGCGACACGCCCGGCCCGCCUGUCCCCUCCCCUCUGGGCGUCUCCUGUCCCCUCCCCCUGUCCCCUUUGUCCCCUCUGUGUCCGGUUUCUGUCGCCAGUUCUUGCUCCGUGGUGGCCCCGUGCGGGUCAAAGCCCCGGGGCUUUGCUGCUCCUGUCCCUCCUGGGGGAAACUUCCAGAAAUCCCAGAAAAGGGAGGGAGAGGG